ACGUUGAACAGCACAGUGUGGGCCGCGUGGCACUACCCUCCCUGACCCCUCCCUGAAAAACCCGAAGAAGAGGAGAAACUGAAACAGAGACUGCCCUCUCUCUCUCUCUCUCACUGCCUGUGGGUUGCGCGGACUCUCUUCUCUUCGAUCACUUCUCACCAUCACCUCCUCUUUCUGGUAAGCAUACGUAUAUACAUAAGCAGAAACAGGUAUUCUAGGGUUUGGAGCACGAGGAGGGUCCGACCUAGUUUCAAGAACCAUGAAAUGAGUUUAACAUUUACCAUGGAUUCUAAUUUUCGGAGAAUGGAUCUAUUAAUGUAACCAGAAAUGGAUUAAAUUGGCAUACCCUUUGGAUAAUAGCUUAUAAAUUAUAUUUCAUGGCUCGGAAGGGAAACCUACAAAAGAAUGGGUUGGAUCGCAAACUCCCAAAUGGUAACCAGCCGACUGUACCUAUUUCUGAGAGUGUGAACAAAACUGAUCAUAUAGGAGACGAGAACAAAAACAAGCAAAAGUCCAAGAAAUUUCCGAGGAAAGAGAAGCAAGGUAUAGGUGCAACACAGGGAGUAGAGCAACCGCUGCCUUGUGACAGUAAUUCAGGAGAUUGCAUAGAAAAUGUUUUUAGAAUGGAAGCUUCUGGUUCGAGGGAAGAAAAUGGGAGACCAAAGUAUUCUAACGGUAAUCAUGGUGUCCCGCCAAAUGGAUUGCACACAGAUGAUACAAUGGGUAAUUUAGAAUCGUCAGAUGCUCUCGUUUUCAGGCACUUGAGGGCUUCAGCUUUAUCCAUUUUGAAGGCAGCUACUGAAUGCCUAGAGAGGCAGAAACCGUUGUUUAUCACUGUCACAAACAAUGUAUCAAAUGCUGCUUGUUAUGUGUGGAAGAAGAUUGAUCAUGCAUAUCCAAUUGUCUUGAGAUGGCUCAUGUAUUUUGGGAACAUAAUGCUUCUUUUGCCAAUGGUUUGGUUGGACUGUACCAUCAGAGGCAUUAACUCCUUUCUACGCAUGGGUACAACAUCCUUCUUCUCAGUUAUAUGGUGUAGUGUUCUGUCGAUAAUUGAAAUGAUUGGAAUGUUCAAGUUUGUCGUGGUCCUGGUAAUAACGGCUUUAACAGGACUUCUUAUUGGAUUCACCAUUGCGAUUCUGUUAAUUGCCAUUUCUGGAAUCAUUUUCUUGUGGUUUUGUGGAAGUUUUUGGACAACAGCACUUGUUAUCUGCUCUGGAGGGUUGACAUUCAUGUUGAGCCAUGAACGGCUUGCGUUGUUAAUAACAACUUUGUAUUCUGUAUACUGUGCGUGGACAUGUGUUGGGUGGCUUGGUUUAAUUUUGGCUUUGAACUUGUCUUUCAUCUCAAGUGAUGCUCUAAUAUUCUUCCUGAAGGACAACAUAAAUGAGCAUAGGAGGCCCCAUCAGUCCCCUGAACAAACGGCUGGAAUGCAAGGUCAACCAGGCUUCUUCCGUAGUGGGCCAGAGCCUUCAUCCCCUGAAACUGGUUCUGGUCUAUCAGCUGAUCGUAGCUCUGGAGUACCUUCCACCAGAGGGACUGAUUCUGAGAUAACAUCUGAAGAGGAAGUUGUUAGGUUGUUGAACUGUACAGAUCAUUAUUCAGUGUUGGGCCUGUUCCGUUAUGAAAAUGUAGAUGUCUCUAUACUCAAGCAGGAAUAUAGGAAAAAGGCGAUGUUGGUCCAUCCUGAUAAAAAUAUGGGCAAUGAAAAGGCUGCGGAAGCUUUUAAAAAACUCCAGAAUGCUUAUGAGGUUUUACUUGAUUCUUUUAAGCGAAAAACAUAUGAUGAUGAAUUAAGGAGGGAGGAGCUCCUGAACUGCUUCCGUAGGUUUCAAAAUGCUUCUCAAAAGAAUGGAAGGAAUAGAUUCUUUGCCUCUGGAUUUGCGGAUACAGAUGCUGAUGGUGAGGACCCUCUUGGAGAGUCUAGGCAGAUUGCCUGUAGAAAGUGUGGAGAUUUUCAUGUUUGGAUUCACACCAAAAAAUCUAAAUCUACCGCAAGAUGGUGCCAGGAUUGCAAAGAUUUUCAUCAAGCUAAAGAUGGAGAUGGAUGGGUUGAACAAUCUUCCCAACCAUUCUUUUUCGGAAUAUUGCAGAAGGUAGAUGCUUGUGCAUAUGUUUGUGCUGAUAGCAAGAUAUAUAAUGCAACUGAAUGGUAUAUUUGUCAGGGGAUGAGAUGUCUGGUCAAUACUCACAAGCCAAGCUUCCAUGUGAACACAAGUUUAGCGUCAAAGCAUAACAACAGCGGUAGCGCAGGGCAAAGAGGAGGUGCAUCACCUAAUCUUGAAGAAAGCAUACCAGCAGAGUUCUUUGAGUGGUUACAGAAUGCAGCGCAAACAGGCAUUUUUGAAAAUUUUGCUCGCAGCACUUCAAGUGAGAGUCCAGCUGCUGGAGAUCAGAAUUUCUCCAAGAAUGGUGGCGGCAGCAGUUCUGGCAAGCGGAAGAAGAAAGGGAAGAAGCAUUAAUGGUGAGCACUUUGCAAGUUAGCUCACAACCUUGUCACAAUAGUAGGGUAAAACAUUUGUGAUCCUGAUAAAUGGGGCGCAGAGACUCGUAUUUAGGCUGCCUAUAGUCUUUUUUUGUUUUUCAUAAUGAAGGCCCGGAGGGAUAUUUAACUUGGCUAAUUGUACACCAGUGGUAUGGACUCAAUUCCUUGUUCCCAUUGAGCCCACAUUAUAGAGAGUUUGUAUGUAUAGCUUUUCUGCCCUCUUCAUCUCCUAUAAAAACAUACAGGACACGUUGUAUUAGUUUGAAGUUUACAUAUAUCAAAAGUAUAUUCACCAUGUUUGGCUUCA